AUGGAUUACCUUAAUUGGGAUGCCGUUGAGAACGGAAACGAUGACCAAGGUUUGCUGAAUGGAAACCCUAUCAAGUCCGAGCUGGGCGGAUUUCCGGCGGAGGAUGACCAGUUCGGAAGCACCGUUGGCUCGCUACCAGGGGGUGGAGAUACAGAUUUCCUUAACAGAUUCAACUACAAUGACCGGAGGCUUUCGCAAAGUCUGAACCCUCCGAUGGAUCGCAAUGUGCGGACUUCUUUGUCAAGGGCGCUUGGCACCGAAAGGCAGCCUUCUAGAGACGAAGAAGGAGAGGAUUUUGACAACGAUCGGCGUCGAUCAAGCCAGACAACUCCGCCUAGCGGUGCGUCAUUUGAGCGCAAGAGAAAGGACAACAUUAACGACAAAAUUCAAGAGCUUUUGACAAUAAUCCCAAGGCCGUUCUUUGAGGAGUCGAAGGAGAAGUCGACGGGAACCAAGGAUGGAAAGCCCAACAAGGGCCAGAUCCUCACCAAGUCUGUGGAGUAUAUCCAACAUCUCCAGAACGAGAUUGACUCCCGCAAUAGAAGAGAAGUGGAGCUUUCUAUUAGAUUGCGGGCUCUGGAGGUGAAGAAGAACAUUCCCCAAGACAAGAGAGUCAACUUUCUACACACCAGUGCCGAGGUUGGACUAGCCAGCAUUGGUGUGGGACCUCUUGCUGAGGCUCAGCAUCAGGAGGAAGUGAGACACUCGUCUACAACUUCCAUGUCGCAAUCGCAAUCCCCAAAUAACGCCCGGACGUCAGUUUCGGCGAGCGCGUCACCGAUGGGCAAGACAACGUGA